AUGCCUCCCCGCCUACCAAUUCGGCUGGCCCUCCCCCGGCCCUGCGCCGUCGCCGCCCGGCCUCUACUCCUCCCGCUCACGGCGACUCGUGGUGUCAAGAAUGGAUGGACCACGGCCCCUCCUCGUAACAAGCACAAGCGAUUCAACCAGCCUUCUUCCGGUCUCCCUUCUCUCACAUCCGGCCCCGCUGCUGCUCUGAAGCGCCGAGAGAAUACCACGCCUCUGCGCUCAGGCGUCCUCGCUAUUAAGAAGGGCAUGACGAGUGUCUUCGUUGGAAAGAUCCGUGUACCUUGUACUGUGCUGCAACUCGACCAGGUCCAGGUCAUCGCCAACAAGACCCGAGAGAAGAACGGUUACUGGGCUGUGCAGAUUGGAUCAGGCUCCCGUGAGGGUCGAAAUGUCACCAGUCCGCUGCUGGGUUACUACGAGGCCAAGGGCAUUGCACCCAAGGCUGACCUUGCCGAAUUCAAGGUCAAGGGCGAAGCUGGACUGCUGCCCGUUGGUGUUCAACUUCUCCCCGAUUGGUUCAAGAAGGGCCAAUACGUCGACGUCAAGGGCCGAUCGCGAGGCCAGGGUUUCGCUGGUGGUAUGAAGCGCCACGGCUUCUCCGGCCAGGAAGCAUCCCACGGUAACUCCAAGAACCACCGAACGAUCGGUACAACGGGUCCCUCGCAGGGCAGCGGUAGUCGAGUCAUGCCCGGCAAGAAGAUGCCUGGUCGCAUGGGUAACGAAUUCGUGACGGUUCAGAACCUCAAGGUCAUGAUGGUGGACAACGAUCUGGGCAUUGUGCUAGUCAGUGGGCCCAUUGCUGGUCCUAAGGGUCGUGUCGUCCGUAUUCAGGACGCCAAGAAGCGAAAGGCCCCCCCUCAACCUCAUCGUGAGGCAGCUCUCGAGACCCUACUAGAGCGGAACCCUGAUCACGAGGCGAAGCUUCAGACGGCGCGGGAGAAGCAUCUUCAGCUGAAGAGCCAGAGAGAAGCGGCGCAGCUAAAUGUUUAA